GCCUGAUUUUUUCCUGCAUCGGCUCCGUGCUGAGCAUUCCUCGGUGACUGCGCCGACGAUCUUAAUCGAUAUAUAAGCUCCGCCUUCACCUCUAAGCAUCCCUCCCUCCUACCUAAUACUCUCCCGGACCUUUGGAUCGAUAUGGAAUUCGUCCCUGGACCCGCCGUCCACCAAAUCCUCUGCGCCGAUUGCGGAACACCCAUCACCCCGAACUCUGCCAAUCUGUGUGUCGCAUGCUUGCGAAAUACUGUGGAUAUCACGGAGGGCAUUCCCAAGCAAGCGUCCGUGUCAUUCUGCCGCAACUGUGAACGAUUCCUGUCCCCGCCGCAAACUUGGACGCCCGCACGACCGGAAUCCUCGGAACUGCUCUCGAUAUGCCUAAGGAAACUUAAAGGUCUGAACAAGGUCCGACUGACAGAGGCCCAUUUUAUUUGGACGGAGCCCCACUCGAAACGUUUGCGGGUGUCGAUGACAAUCCAGAAGGAGGUGCUCACAAACACCAUUCUCGAGCAGACAUUCGAACUCGAAUAUCUUGUUCAGCACGGACAGUGCCCGGAUUGUGCCAAGCUGGCUGCCAAGAACACAUGGAAAGCGCUCGUCCAAGUACGACAAAAAGUCCCACACAAACGGACGUUCUUGUUCCUGGAGCAACUCAUCCUGAAGCACGGCGCUCAAAAAGACACAAUCUCAGUCAAGGAGAUGAAGGACGGGCUGGACUUCUUCUACAGCCAGCGCAGUCACGCAAUCAAAAUGGUCGAAUUUCUGAACGGAGUAGUGCCUGUCCGCUCUAAAUCUUCCGAACAACUGCUGUCUUCUGACACACAUACCAACACUGCCAAUUACAAAUUCACGUAUUCGGUCGAAAUCGCACCCGUAUGCAAAGACGACCUGAUCUGCAUCCCCCAAAAGCUCGCCCGCCAAAUGAGCAACAUCACGCAACUCGUUGUCUGCACACGAGUAGGGAAUUCCCUGCAGCUGAUGGAUCCUUCCACGCUGCAAACAGCGGAAGUGCCGACACACGUGUUCUGGCGCACGCCGUUCGACUCUCUCGCCACCGUCUCGGAUCUCGUGGAGUUCACGGUGCUGGAUAUUGAAGCGGAUGGACGGACGCGAGGGAAGUUUAUGCUUGCAGAUGCCCAGGUCGCUUUGGCCGGUGCGUUCAGAGCACAUAAAGGGGGAUUGGAAGACACCGAGAUGGAUUACGACGGAACGGGUGGCCGAGCGGAGCAAAUAUACCACACGCGAACUCACCUCGGAGGGAUUCUGCAGCCUGGGGACACUGUUCUCGGAUACCAUCUGACCAAUGCCAACUUCAAUUCGGAGGAUUACGCGAAUCUGCGAGCAGAGCAUUUGCCCGACGUCAUUCUCGUCAAGAAGACGUAUCCGAACAGGAGAAAGAAGAACAAGUCUCGUAACUGGCGCCUGAGGUCGAUUGGAAAGGAAGCUGGCGAGGAGGGAGAAACGGGCAGCGGACGAGGCAUCGUUGGUCGCAUGGGAGGACGAGAUCAAAAGAAGGUCAAUGAGGACUACGAGAUGUUCUUGCGGGAGUUGGAGGAGGAUCCAGAGAUGCGUUCUGCGGUCAAUCUGUACAGGGCUUCUAAUCCAGCCCCGAGCUCUGGAGAUGUUGCCAUGGAUGGGUCGAGUGGAAAUCGUGGAAAACGGAGAGGAAAGCAUGCACAAUUCGCCAUGGAUGUUGAUGCGAUUGAGGAGACAUCAGAGCGUGUCGCCGAUGUCGGGGAUGAAGAUGAGGAAGAAGAAGAGGCCGACUUCCCAGAUGUGCAAUUGGAUGAACUGCUCGAAGGCUUUGACGAGAUGACUCUGGGACCAGAGCCGAAGCCGAGGACGAAGUUUAAUACCAAUUUGUACAUGUCAUAG